GAGGUUGAGGUUGGUAUCUUUAGGAUCUCAAAUUCCCAAUCACACCGAAGAGACCCAACCCCUUUGCCACCCUAUCCAUUUGUUUUCUCUCCCAAAUGAAAAAGUUCGUUCUUUAUCAAACACAACUGCACAAGCCCAAGCUCCCAUUUUUUUUAUAGCAGCAAUUAUCAUCUCAGAGCCUCCGAACUCUCAGGAGAGAUGAUGACGAGGGCAACAUCAUCAUCCUUGUACAGUCUUAACACCAGAUUCCCGAUUCCAUCUCUAAAUUUACAAUUUUGCCACAACACCUCCACCAAACUCAUCACUUUAAGACCCACAUUUCUUAGGUACCCAUUUGUCCAAGAAUACUCUCUAAAUUCCCAUCGUCACAAAAACUUAUACAUAAAGAGAUUGGCUUUCUCUUACCCUUUGAGGAUCAAAGCCUCAUCCAUGGCCUCUUCAACUGAGACAGAGGCCAAACCUUUCUCUGUCCUUUUUGUAUGCUUAGGUAACAUAUGUAGAAGCCCAGCUGCUGAGGGUGUCUUCACUGACAUUGUCAAGAAGAAAGGCCUGGACUCCAAGUUCAAGAUUGACUCUGCUGGCACCAUUAAUUAUCACGAGGGAAACCCAGCGGACCCAAGAAUGAGGGCAGCCGCAAAGAGGCGUGGGAUUGAGAUAACAUCCAUGUCAAGACCAAUUCGGCCGUCUGAUUUUAGGGAUUUUGAUAUCAUCCUUGCAAUGGACAAGCAAAAUAGAGAGGAUAUACUAGAAGCUUUUAAUAAAUGGAAAUUUAGAGAGAAAUUACCUGAUAAUGCUCACAAGAAGGUUAGGAAAUGUUUUAGAGCUGUAUGUCAUGAAUUCAGUGUGGUUUUGUUUUGUCAAGUCUUUACUAUUAUGUUUGUUUUGUUUCUGCAGGUUAAAUUAAUGUGCUCCUUUUGUAAGAAACACAAUGAGACUGAAGUUCCAGAUCCUUAUUAUGGUGGACCUCAGGGUUUUGAAAAGGUUUUGGAUAUACUUGAAGAUGCCUGUGACUCAUUAUUGGAUAGCAUCUUGACAGAGACCAGCGGCAUUCAAAGUUCAUAAUUCGUGCUUGAAUUCUAUUUAAUCCAAACUUGUAUUAAUUUAAUGAACAGAUUACAAAUAAUCUAUAGUGUAGAUCAUGUCUAGUUAUUGAUUUUCUCAUUAUAAACCUUUAGCCAUCCUCCGUUUUGCCCAUGUUAUGCUUUUAAACUAUGUUUUGGAUGAUAAAAUUGUUUGUCCAUAUGGAAAAACAAAUCAAUGUAUCUAACUGUAUGAUAACUAAAGUUGAAGCAACAACAAGCGAAUCGGAUAUUUACUCCAGCA